AUGUGCGACGGCAGCAAUGUAAACAUGGCGGCCGCUAUGCUCCAGAUGUCCUGCCGGUACCGGGGCAUGUUAGCGGUCAGAGCGGCCGGGAUCAGGCCUCUUAUCCUGGGAGUCCAGCCGAGGAUGUUCCGGGCCUUUUCCGUGAAGAAGGAACCGGAGCUGGAGGAAAACCCGUAUUACAACAAAUACCAGGACAAGAUCCAGCAGCUGCGCAGUGCCAAACCUCAGGAGUUUAAGACCCGACUGGAACAACGACAGGAUGUGAAGAAGGAGGUGCUGGGUCACUCCAAGCAGGCGGAGUUCGUGAAGCUCAUGGAGCAGGAGCUGGAGAAACGAGACCAGGCGGCCGGCGAUGGAGCAUCAGGAGGUUUCACCAGGAACAAGACGUUGGGCUCCAUCCUCAACCUGGAGUUGAUCCAGGACAUGACGGGAGAAGAGAUCGCAGAGCUCUGGAUGAAAUAUUAUUCAACCAAAGACACAAUCAGUGCUGUGAUCCCGACUCAGACGUACGAGAUGAUUUCCAGCAGAUCAAAGUCCUGCCCGAUGUUCCUGUACGCGUUGCCUCAGAACGAGGGUUAUGAGUUCUUCGUGGGUCAGUGGUCCGGACACGAGCUCCACUUCACCUCCCUCAUCAACGUCCAGAUGCAGGGUGAGAACGCUCCCAGUCAGCUGAUCCUCUAUCACUACCCCGACCUGAAGGAGGAGAAAGGCAUCGUCUUCAUGACGGCCGAGUUGGACCCAAAGUUCAUGACCGUCCACCAGUCUCAGUGUUUGGCCAAUCAGGUGCAGCUGUUCUACGGCACGCAGCGGCAGGAGACGUUCCGACUGGUGGAGACGUUCAACCACUCGCCCGCAGACUUCAAACACAUGCUGGUGAUAGCGGAGCUGGAGCAGAGCGGACUGGGACAGACUAUCAGUACCGCAGGAGGCUCGUAGGGAGGCUGAGGAGAACCGGCCUGCUGUCAGCUUCACAGGAACUGUUUAAAGAGAGAGAGAUUAGCCCUUCUUCCUCUUCUUCUUCUUCUUCUUACUGUACAGAAACACCAGAUUUUAUUUACGGUUUCCAGCUGCAGCAGCUGUGAAUCAAGCUCAUAAACUUCGAGGAGCGCCGACGUCUUCUAAUGAACUCAUGAACUCUCUCUUAGACUCAAUCCUCAUGGGCUCCUCCUCCUCUUCUUCCUCCUCUUCCUCCUCCUCCUCAUCCUACACAUAUUUUCAGUGUCAGUGAAUCUGUAAUCACAUUAAGGUAAUAUUAAUGUGUUCAGUAAUAAAACCAGUCCAAUUCUG